GAAGAUCCUCCUCCGUCUCGCCCGACCGGUGCCAUGCCUGUCAUUGAGGGUUUGGGACGACUUCUGGUGCCAGAGGCUGACGCCACCUAUGCCACACCAACACAGGACUCACCAGCGAAGGUGGGCCACGUGGCCUCGCUGAUCGACACCUGGCAGAACAGCCCCAUGAGCGAAGCCUUCUCGCCGAUGGGCGCACGCAGGACCCAGAAGCUUUUCGUCGACGGCCGCAUCAAAGUGGAAGGCAUCUUAGACUUGGCUGAGAGGCUGGCACGUGUGGAGACCCAGCAGCGCAUCCUCCACGAGUCCCUGGCAGGGAUCGAGAGGGGAGGAGCGCUGAACCGCUGCGAGGAGCAGGAGGUGAAUGGAAGCGCUUUGAAGCUUCGUUUGGAGGCCUUGGAGGAGCAACUCUGCCGAGAUUUGGUCGUGCAGAACGGAAGCUUGGAGAUGCUUCAAACGCAGCUGGGUAGCCUUCAUGAGCAGCUUCCCAGGACCGUGGCGGCUCGCUUGGAGGAGCGAUUCAAUUUGGAGCUUCCCAAGGCGCGGCAGAGCACCACCCAGCAGAUCGCACGAGAGGUGCGGGAGGCGGUGCGGGGCGAGUAUCAGCGCUUGGUGUGGCAGCUCGCAGGGCCCGAGCCACGCGAGGUCCUGACCACCAGAUCACCCAGCUUGGAGAAGGCACAACUGGAGCCUCCACCGAAACCUGCUGAGCCGCGCCCGGGCGCUUGAUGCUGUCAGUUUCUCCGGUGGCCACUUGUGGCUGCGCUGGGUGUGUACCCGCAAGACCCAUGAAAGAGACCUAGCUGAGUGAAA